CGCACAGAGCACAUACCAGCUCAGCAGUAAGUAUGAUUAACAGUGAAAUAUCUCAGCAGCUAUUCUGCAACAAAAAUGAAGACACACUCAAGGAGGAACAAUGCAAGCAUGUCUCCGAGCAAACACCUAUGGAGCUUAGGACACAUCUCACAAAAAAUGGAGAAGAACACACUACAGCAUCCAAAAUUUGUGUGGAAGAAUUUUUAGCAGAUGAUACUGUGGCUCCAGCCCACUGCCUUUGGACCACAGAGGCGAGUGGAUCAGUGCAACUGAGAAUAGAUGACCUCUGUCCACAGAAGCCAAUCACAGUGCAUCAGAUGUUUAUGAACUCAGUUCAGAAAUAUGGCAAUUUGUUUUCCCUGGCAACUAAAAGAAAAUCCAAAUGGGAAAAGAUUACAUUCUCUGAAUAUUACCAGUGCUGUCGGAUGGCUGCUAAGAGCUUUCUAAAGUUGGGACUAGAACGUUUCCAUUGUGUGGCCAUUUUAGGAUUCAAUUCAGCAGAGUGGUUCUUUUCUGCAGUAGGAGCUGUCUUUGCCGGGGGUAUAAUGACAGGGAUCUAUGCAACAAAUUCUCCAGAAGCCUGUCAUUAUGUGGCCAAUGACUCAAGAGCAAAUAUAAUUGUGGUGGAAAAUCAAAAACAGCUUGAUAAAAUUUUGGAGAUAAAAGAUAAACUGCCACAUUUAAAAGCCAUUGUGCAAUAUUCUGGACCAUUGCUGGAGAAACUACCCAAUCUGUAUUCGUGGGAGGAGUUCAUGAGUCUGGGCCAAGAGAUUCCAGAAAAAACCCUUGAUGACAUCAUCAGUAGUCAGAAAGCCAAUCAAUGCUGUGUGCUCAUCUACACAUCAGGAACCACAGGCAUGCCAAAAGGAGUGAUGCUCAGCCACGACAAUAUUACAUGGACGUCUCACCACGUGAGCAGGGCUGGAGACAUGCAGCCUGCUGAGAUCAAACAGGAGUCUAUAGUGAGCUACCUCCCCCUCAGCCAUAUUGCUGCACAGAUCUAUGACCUGUGGACAGGGAUUCAGUGGGGGGAGUUAGUGUACUUUGCACAGCCUGAUGCUUUGAAGGGCAGCUUGAUUCAGACUUUGAAAGAGACCAACCCUUCAUCCCAUAUGGGUGUCCCUCGUGUUUGGGAAAAAAUACUGGAGAAAAUAAAAGAGGCACUCUCACACUUUCCAUACAUAAAAAAGAAACUGCUGACUUGGGCCAUGGCUAUUGGUUUAGAGGCUAAUCAAAGGGAUGAGAAAUCAAUUCUCUUCACUCUAGCAGAUGUGCUGGUCCUGGAAAAACUUCGCACAGAGCUGGGCUUCUCUUGCUGUGAGAAAUUCUUCUCUGGUGCGGCUCCUCUUGGAAAUGACACAACCCAGUUCUUCCUUGGUCUCAACAUUAGGUUAUAUGAGGCUUAUGGCAUGAGUGAAAGCAGUGGGCCUCAUUUUAUGUCUGGUCCAAAAGUUUACAAGCAGUCAAGUUGUGGCAAGGUGGUGCCUGGCUGCAAAUAUAAACUAGUAAACGUUGAUACUUAUGGUGUUGGAGAGGUGUGCUUAUGGGGCCGGAAUGUCUUUAUGGGGUAUCUUAACAUGGAGGAUAAAACCAAGGAAAUCUUGGAUGAGGAUGGCUGGCUGCAUUCUGGAGACUUGGGCAAAACAGAUGAAGAUUUCCUUUACAUCACUGGAAGGAUAAAGGAGCUGAUAAUAACUGCUGGUGGAGAGAAUGUCCCUCCAGUUCCUAUAGAGGAUGCUGUGAAAAAGGAGCUGCCUAUAAUCAGUAAUGCCAUGCUAAUUGGGGACAAGAGAAAGUUUCUAUCAGUGCUCCUCACACUUAAGUGCGUAACCGAUCUUGAAACCAUGGAGCCCACUGAUGUCCUUAGCUCUGACACUGUGGAAUACUUUAGAAAACAUGGCAUCCAGGCAACAAAGGUUUCUGAUAUAAUUGGUGGAAAAGAUCAAAAAGUGAACCAAGUCAUUCAGCAGGGCAUUGACCGGGUCAACACGAAGGCCCACUCUAAUGCCCAGCGUAUUCAGAAAUGGACAAUUGUAGAGAAAGAUUUCUCAGUCUCUGGAGGAGAACUAGGUCCAACAAUGAAACUGCGACGACCAUUUAUCCUGAAGAUGUACCACAGUAUAAUAGAACAUUUCUACAGUGAAUAGAAAAAACAACCAACCAGCUAACCAUAAUAGAUAAGGGUUGUCAGUACCAUUGAUUAGAAAAUUAGAAAGCCCUUUUGGAACUGGAUUUGUUAGAAAAAGAAAAGUCAGCACACAUCUACAUCAUGCCUGUGACUGGAGUCUGACACCCAUAAUUUAGAAACAUUUUAAACUGCCUUGCUCUUAGUGAUACCUCGUUCUUAUUGAGCCAAAAAUUAUUAGUUAUUUGUUAAAUAAACUUAAAUUAUAGGUAAGAAUAAUGAUCUAAUUAAUUAGAAUACAGUUGUGCUGUUCUUUGAUAAAUGAUGUUCAAGAAACAAUGUGCAGUGUAAUACUGACUGAGUUGGAUACAUAUGAAUAAUCAGUGGCAACAAAUAAUUGCUUAUUUGGACAUCCACGAACAGCUGUUUAAAUCCUGGUGAAUCAUAAUGAACUUUGUGACUGUGACUCUCUCUGGCAUAGAAAUCUUGCAUCUGAAAUCAUUGUGUAUAUAUGUCAAGAAAAUAAAUCCCAUCAAAAAAUAUUCAAAAUA